GGUCUUACCUGCUGUCGACUCAGAGAGCGGUGAAGAAAUGCCGGGGGUUGUGCUGCUCUUCCCCCACAAGCUGAGCCUCCAAGAGACAGCGAGGGGCAGAGGUGUGAACCCGCCUGGGCGGGGGGAGACAGAAUUCGCGGGCUGAUGCACCGAGACCGAGCGAGCUCCUUGCAGUUGCGGUGCCUGGAUCGAGACCUCCGCCGUGACGGCGAUCGCUAGCCAGCAAGCCCUCGCGCACCCUUGGCUCCUCACCAGCAGAGAGGAAUUGUGCUGACAACUGGCAAUGACCCUCCAUCGCAUCAGCAUCCCCAUAACCACCGGAAAGAAUUGCUGAACCAGAGGCAGAAGCUGACUCUAGGUGACUACAUCACCACCCCUGCCAGAUGAGCACGGACCAGCAAUCCAAAGCAGCACCAGUCAAGAGAGAGAUGUGCCCAUCCACCUCCCAGCUGCAAAUGAGGGGAAUGACCUGCCUGUCGCUUCUUAGAGGGGAAUGACUUCUCUCAGUGCUUUUGUCUCAGUGCCUCGUUAGCCCACCAGCAGGCUCAACCCUCUGGUUGAGACCUUCCCCUGAUCCCCGCCGGGCAUGUCAGCUUCCAAUAUGUCUCAGACAUGCAAGGAUUACAGCUUCCACCACCACCUCCUCCUGCCCGGCUACAUCCUGAUAUUCAUUACAGGUUUGAUGCUGAACGUGAUGGCCCUAUGGAUAUUCAUCCGCUACCUGCGCCUGAAGUCUGUAGUGAUGAUCUACAUGUUCAACCUGGCCGUGAGCGACCUCACCUUCACGCUCCCUCUGCCGUUGCGACUCUACUACUAUUCCAACCACCACUGGCCUUUUGGUAACACCCUGUGCCAGGUCUCUGGCUCUGUCUUCCAGAUCAACAUGUAUGGUAGCUGCCUCUUCCUCAUGUGCAUCAACCUGGACCGCUACGUUGCCAUUGUCCACCCGCUUCGCUGGCGGCAUCUGCGGCGCCCCAAGGUGGCCAAGCUCCUCUGCCUGAUCGUCUGGGUUGUGAUCUUCAUGGGCUCCAUCCCCACAGCCAUAGUCCACAAGCAAAACCACUGCGAGGUGCAGAACCAGACCAUUUAUCUGUGCUUUGAAAGCUUUAGUGACAACAUGUGGCAGAACAACCUCUUCCCCCUCGUCGUCCUGGCUGAAAUCUUGGGUUUUCUCCUGCCUCUCAGCUCUGUGACAUACUGCUCGAUUCGGAUCUUUCAGGAGCUCUGCCAGGACAGCCAGACGAAGACCCUGCGACAGCAGAAGACCAUCCGUCUCCUCUUGGUCAAUCUGGUCAUCUUCAUCAUUUGCUUUGUGCCCUACAACACUACCCUGGCAGUUUAUGGGAUGAUAAAGGCCCGGGUGGUGAAGGCUGAGCAAGAAACACAGGUCUCCGUGCGCCAAGUAUUAAUUAUGACAAUGCUGUUGGCCAGCAUGAACUGCACGCUGGACCCCUUGAUCUACUACUUCAGUACUGAGGGUUUCCGUAACACCUUUAAGAAACUGCGGCGGGGACAAGCCUGGGACUCAGAGAUAGGGACGCUUAAGAAGCAGGUUGGGCACAGUAAGUCAACCCGAGGCCACACUGUCUCAAAAGAGAAACAGUUCCCACUGGGGGACUUCAUCUGUUCCAGUGAAUCUUUGCCAUCACUUCCUCCUGCAGUAUUUUUGAAUGGCCCUAUGGAGGACUCGGAAAUAUAACCACAGAAAGGUCACACCAUUGCAGAGUUGCAGAGUCACCCAUUCAAUAAUUACAGCAAGACUGUGGGAAACAGCUCAGGGUAACUUAGCAAACUGUUUGAGGGAGCGCAGCAGACUGUACGUGGGUGAACGUGAUGAUACAAAGCUGAAGGAUGAAAGGUUGUUUUGAAUAAACGGAGAUGUCUUGGUGA